CCGCGCUCGGGGCGCCUCCCAGCUCUCGCCCAGAGGCCAGGACUCCCGCCUCAACCCACGGGGACGCCUUUCGAUGGGGGCGACUGGGCACUUGCUGCUGAGGAAUGUGGAGCCUGUCCUCCUGGGGGCGCGGGAGGGGGCUCCCCAGGCUUGCGCCGGGCCCUGAGAACCCCGUCCUCUUCCCUAGGAGGACGAGCCCUCGGGGCCCGGCCCCGACACUCCGGCCUUCGCAGGGCCCAGCUCCACCGAGACGCACACGGAGGCGUCGCCGGUGGAGCCUGCCACGGCCGCGUCCUGUUCCAUGGGGGAGGAGCCAGGCCCUGACCGGUCAGCCACGCCCCCGGGGUGGGACCUCGGAGGGCCGGCCGGGACUCCGCAGGAUGCGCCCCCGGCGCUGGACAGCGGCCAGCCCGGCCCUGGGUCCAGCCUGGGCCCAGCCAGCGCGGUGUCCGGGACCAGUGAGGACCUGCGGCCGCCCAGGCGACGCCCGCCACCAGGGAAGCAAAUACCCUGCUCCAGCCCUGGCUGCUGCCUCAGUUUCCCCAGCGUUCGUGACCUGGCACAGCAUCUUCGCACCCACUGCCCACCCACGCAGUCUCUGGAAGGCAAGCUCUUCCGCUGCUCGGCGCUGAGCUGCACCGAGGUCUUCCCCAGCAUGCAGGAGCUGGUGGCGCACAGCAGGCUGCACUACAAACCCAACCGCUACUUCAAUUGUAAUGACAACUGUCACCCCAGGGAAACACCACCCCCCACAAUGGAUGUCACAGUGACGUACACCUUGGUGUCCUCAAGAUCAUCCCCACGCCAGGCCCUUGACCAUACUCCCGGGGACCCCAGGGUCCGCUGCCCACCUGGGAAGCAGGACCGCUUGUGGUGGAGCCUGAGCGACCAGAUGCAGCCCCUCAGGCCUGGGCAGCCAAGGGCACGGCUGUCCAUAGCCCAGAAAGUUCCAGGCACUUGCCCCCACGAACCUCCAUCGGCCCUUCUCGCGCACAUCUCGCCCCGGAGCCACGGGGAAGUGUCACCGGCGCGGGGCCUGGGAGGACAAGCGCUGACCCCAGUGCCAACAGCCGGCUCGGGCGCCGCAGGGCUUGGUCCAGAUGAGGCCCCUGCCGAGUUCCACCUUGGGAUGCCCAGCCGCCUCUGCCCGCCCGCUCUCGGAGGGGCCCGGCCCAUCAACACUGGCCGCCUGGCCUCUACCGGGAGGCCGGUGGACCCAGAGCACCUCCGUCUCCACAGGCAGGGGCCAGGCACCUUCCCCGCCCCCGCCCCCGCCGGGCCUUUUCUGCCCUACUUGAACCCCGCGCCCUUCGGCCUCAGCCCCCCACGCCUGCGCCCCUUCUUGGCGGCGGCGCCCGGGCCACCCGCCUCCAGCGCUGCCAUCUGGAAAAAGAGCCAAGGUGCUGGCGGCAGCCCCCGAAGACCCCAGGGCGGCUCCGACGCGCCCUCAGGUGCGUGCAGGUGAUCACCAGGGAGGGGUGGAGGGGCUUGCUUUCCGUCGGCCCCGGGGGUGCCCUCUCCAGGCGGUCGGAAAUGCCACCCCCGAAAUACAGGAUUUUGCCUUUAAAGUGACUGGCCCCUGCGCCUUUAUCUGCGCCGGCGUUUCCGAGUCCUUUGCGGGUCCAGGACGGGAGUGGGGCGUGCGAACCCCACGUUCGGAGCAGGCGCCCGAGGCCGCAUCCAGCCUGGGCCGGCGCAGCCCACCCUGCCCAGGAGCUGACGGGGCGGCGGGGAAA